AUGGCCAACAAAUGGGACUCCGCAUUUCUGGGGUCCGUGAUCGACAAAGCUAUGAAGAAGCACAUUGAGGACCUCUAUACCAUCAAGGUCAGCUUCAACGAUGCAAGAGAGCAUCUGCUGUCUAAGAUGACAGAACUUCGGCACUGGGCAGCAGAUUUUGUUUCCUCUUGGCCGAAGCCGAGUGCUGUCGUCCAAGGCCGUAAUGGCGAAAAGGCAACCAUGUGUGUGAGCAAGCUGCUAGAUGUUGAAGAGCAUGUUUGGUCGCCAAUGUAUGGACUCAAAGGCAACAUCGAUGCCACGGUCCAGGUCACUCUGAAGCAAGGAAGUGACACCAAGACCCUGACAGUCCCGUUUGAGGUCAAGACGGGAAAGAAUGUCAACACGAAUCAUGAAGCGCAGACUGUUUUGUACAACUUACUACUCUCCGAUCGAUAUGAUAUCGAUAUUGUGUAUGGGAUCCUCUAUUACAUGGAAACUUCACUAACAAAACGUAUCCCGGCCAUGCGGAACGAACUACGCCAUAUGAUCUUGCAACGAAAUCGAUUGGCUUGCUACAUCCGUGAGCGGAGUGUCGAAUUACCUCCAAUGAAGAAGAGCAAGAACGACUGCGGGAGAUGCUACGCUCAGACAUCAUGUUUUAUUUACCAUAAGCUUGCCGAUGAUGGCGACGGCGAGACGAGCGGUAUGAAAGACAAGUUUGAUGAUGUUGUAAAACAUCUAAAUCCAAACCACAAAGAAUUCUUCCUGAAGUGGGAGGAUCUUCUGACGAAAGAAGAGAAGGAGAGCCAAAAGCUUCGACGAGAGUUAUGGACAAUGGUUAGCACGGAACGAGAGAAACUUGGAAGAUGUUUUGCCGAUGUCAUCAUCGAAGAAGGCUCAGCCUCUGAGGAUCUGCAUACUCCCAAGAUCAACCGCUUUCACUAUACUUUCAUCAAGCAGAACCCAGCGUCCGGCUUCUCCUUUUUAGAAUCCCAGUUGGCUGUGGGUGAGCCUAUCGUCGUGUCAGAUGAACAAGGCCACUUCGCACUUGCUCUCGGUUUUGUUACAUCAGUCCGCAAACAGAGGAUCAGCGUUGCUGUCGACCGAAGACUCCACAACGCGAGGAUACGCCAAGCAGGGUUCAAUGAGGUCAAUAAUCAGGUGUUUGCCAGCAUCAUGGAAGUAGCACCAGAAGGUGCCAAACCCGAGGAGUCUCAGGGCAAAAUCAAGGAUUCUCCUAUUCGAUAUCGUUUAGACAAGGACGAGUUCAGCAAUGGCAUGGCUCUCGUGCGGAACAACUUGGUGCAGGUCAUGGCGAAUGGCAUCUUCGGAUCUAGGGAGAUCCGUCGACUUGUCGUCGACUUGGUCCCGCCCCGGUUUAAAGCCGUGUCGACGCAGUACACGAUUGCGGAUCAAGAAAGCCUAAAUGUAGACCAGAGAAAGGCCAUUGAGAAAGUGAUGAGUGCCAAGGACUACGCUCUUGUUCUCGGGAUGCCAGGUACGGGUAAAACUACGACAAUCGCCCACAUCAUUCGCGCUCUCAUCCAGCAGAAAAAGAGCGUACUACUAACUUCAUAUACUCAUACCGCUGUCGACAAUAUCCUGCUCAAGCUCAAAAAGGACAACAUCAACAUUCUAAGACUUGGAGCACCCGCCAAGGUCCAUCCUGAAGUGCAAGAAUUCGCUGUUCUGGCGGGUCAGCCCAUGGACACCUUUGAGGAGAUACGCAGCGCAUGGCACGAUACUCCUGUCGUGGCAACGACUUGCCUUGGAAUCAGCCACCCUGUAUUCAACGAGCGAACUUUCGAUUACUGCAUUGUUGAUGAAGCCUCACAAAUCACUCUUCCCAUCUGCCUAGGGCCUAUUAGGAUGGCACGCACAUUUGUCCUCGUUGGAGAUCACAAUCAGCUCCCACCUCUAGUACAAAACGAGGAGGCCAGAGUAGGAGGUCUGGACGUCAGCCUGUUCAAGCUAUUGUCUGACACAUAUCCCGACUCCGUUGUCAACCUCGAGCAUCAGUAUCGCAUGUCCGAGGACAUCAUGACCUUGAGCAACACCUUGAUCUACCAAGGCCGCUUAAAGUGCGGUACUGAGCAACUAAGGUUCCGCACACUGGAUGUUCCCAAUAUGGAUGCCCUGAGACGCCACCACUACGAUGCAGAGUUAUUCCUGGCCUCAAAUCAUCCAAGUCAGACAUCUUUUUGCACGGGUGCGAACUGCUGGAUGCGCGAGCUUCUCGCACCGCAAACUCGAGUUGCCUUUAUCAACACAGACAACAUCACAGACUCGCGUGAGCAGGCGAAAGGCAACCGCAUCGUCAACCCAUGCGAAGCCCGCAUCGUGGUGCAGCUCGUUGAAGCUCUACAGACUGUUGGUGUACCAGCCAACGAAAUAGGAGUGAUGACGCAUUAUCGAUCUCAGCUGUCACUACUCAAGCAUGGUCUGCGUGGCAGCAAUAGCAUUGAAAUGCACACGGCAGACCGUUUCCAGGGCCGAGACAAGGAAGUCGUCAUUCUAAGUCUUGUCAGGUCGAACGAGGCAUGCAAUAUUGGCGAUCUUUUGAAAGACUGGCGGCGUAUCAAUGUCGCCUUUACACGUGCGAAAACGAAGCUGCUUGUCGUUGGAAGUCGAAGCACGCUCAAGGGGAGCGGCAACGAGGAGAUGCUUGCCAAAUUCAUCAGUCUUAUGGAAGAGAGAGCAUGGAUUCAAGAUCUCCCACCAGACGCCAUGGACAACCACUUCUUUAACGAUGCCGCUACACAUGUCACUGCUACACAAGCAAUGAAUGUAGCGGGCAAGAGGCCAGCUGGGUCGUCGCCAGGGAAAUCACCAACGAAAGGCUCACAGACUCGAUUUGGAGGAAAAGAGAAUCGACCUCCUGGACCGAAGAAAGCCAAGAUCGGUGAGAGGGCAAUCCUGAAAGGAAAACCUGUAUUGCGAGAUAUUUUAAAUGACAUGAUGGAUGGUAUUUAUUAG